AUGAACCUCCUCAAGUGGCAUCUUAAUCUGUCGUUUCGCGAGCCACGCUACGAGAUCAUGAAUGAAGAGAACGACUCCGAAGCUGGGUCCGAGGAUCAACUCCUCGCCGAGAAGGGAUCAAGGCCGACGAGGCCGAGAGCCGGCGGUUUUCUCCAUGGCCUCGGAGGGCCUUUCCUUUGGCUUCACGUACUGUUCCUUACCUUCUACUCGGCCUUGUUCUUCACUCUUGUGCUCGCCCGGCAGGGCCAGGAGCACGCAUGCGCGGACGACCAGACCAUGGUGUGGUCGCCGGCUCGCGAGGCGCUCAGGCCGGAAAAGGUCCUUUUCGGCAACGAGAUCCAGGACGAUAACGUCUUUCGCGGACACCCGCGGCCGGAGCUCGACGCCGCCUGGAACACGCUCAUACAGUACAGCAACGUCAAGGUCAAGGCCGAGGACCUCAGACGGAUAAACCGCACGUCCGUCCGGCUGCACGACGAGUCCGGCGAGUUGACCGAGUACUACUGGAGCGGCCUCAACGUCCACCAUCAGCUACAUUGUCUGAAAAUGGUACGGCAGGCGGUGUUUCCCGAGUACUAUUUCAAAGGGAAGAAGCCGCCGCGGCAUCUGGAGGGACACAUUGACCACUGCAUCGACAACAUUCGCAUGACGCUCAUGUGCAAGGCGGACAUCUCGCUCGGCUCCUACGACUGGGUGGAUAACAACCGGAGGCCUCUCACCAACUUCCACACCGAGCACAGCUGCUACAACUGGGACCUUGUCAACAACUGGGCGCGAGACCACAGUUUCGACAUGUACGACAACACCUCUCUGGUGCACCCCUUCCUCGGCAAAUCCUACCCUCUCGAUUCCGAUGGCAAGUACAUUUUCACAGAAGAGGUUGAUCCUUUCGAGGGAAACAAGAUCACGCCACCACCGGUUUAG